UAGAGAAACAGGUACUCAUGGUAGCAAAAGCUGUAGAGAUCAAGAACGAUGAUGAAGUUCGCUCAAAAGAACUUCCCAGAUCUGGACGGUAUUGAGGCGUUGAAUUCCUUUUUUUGGUUAUAUUCAAUUCUGACCAAAUUUGAUUUGCUUUUUAAUUGUUUUUUCAAUUUGUUUUUCAUGAAUGAUGUUGAAGAUGAGAAAAAUAAUUGCCGCAAAAGCCACUUCUUUUCAGGCUUUCCUUCCACCAUCCCCACCAAAGUUACCACUAAUUGGAAACCUCCACCAGUUAGGCUUGAGUAUUCAAGCUGCCCUUCACUCCCUGGCUCAAACCUAUGGUCCAGUUAUGUUGCUUCAUUUUGGCACCGUGCCUGUAGUUGUAACAUCAUCUGUUGAAGCAUUUAGGGAGAUUAUGAAAACCCAAGAUAUAAUAUUUGCAAACAAACCAGUUACAAAGAUUCUUACUAAACUUGCUUUUGACGGUAAAGACAUAACUUUUGCCGCAUAUGGAGAGCACUGGAGGCAGGUGAAAAGCAUUUCCGUACUACAUCUUUUAAGCAACAAAAGGGUUCAGUCGUAUCGACAGGUGAGAGAGGAAGAGGUUGUUCAUAUGAUCAAAACAAUUCAAGGAGCCAAUGGAUCCGUUAUUGAUUUAAGCGAUAUAGUUACUACACUUACAAACAGUGUGAUCUCUAGGGUGGCUAUGGGGAGAAGAUUUGAACAUUUGAAGAUUAAGCACUUACUAGAUCGGUUUAUGGAUUUGGUGGGACGUUUUUCUUUCGUGACUUAUAUUCCGUCGCUAAGCUGGAUCGAUAUAUUGACUGGAUUUGAUCGAAAAACUAAUGAACUUAUUAAAGAAGUUAAUGAGUUUUGUGAAGAUGUAAUCCGUGAACAUGAAAACAAGAAACAGUCUGGUGACCAAGACCAAGAUCUUGUUGAUAUUUUAUUAGAAAUUCAAAGAGAUAACUCGUCGGGUUAUCAUCUUGAAAGAGACGUGAUGAAGGCUGUCCUCUUCGACAUGUUUGUUGGUGGCACUGAUACAACAUUCACACCCAUAGACUGGGCGAUUAAUGAGCUAUUACAAAACCCACGUGUUAUGAAAGAAUUGCAACAAGAGGUACACAAAAUAGGACAAGGAAGCUCAAUGAUCCCCGAAGACGACCUAGACAAAAUGCCUUACCUAAAAGCGGUCCUUAAAGAAUCCUUACGACUACAUCCUCCAGCUCCAAUACUUGGUCCUCGUGCACCAACUAAAGACGUCAAACUACAUGGUUACGAUAUCCCAUCAGGUACACGAGUGAUGAUGAACAUUUGGGCGGUAUCGAGAGAUCCAUCUAUAUGGGAAGAACCUGAAAAGUUUAGACCAGAGAGGUUCUUGAACACCACAAUCGAUUAUAAAGGUUUUGAUUUCGAGUUCGUACCGUUUGGUGCUGGACGACGAGGAUGUCCUGGUAUUAAUUUUUCAAUGGUUCUUAACGAGUUUGCUUUGGCAAAUUUAGUGUAUAAGUUUGACUUUGCAUUGUUACCUGGAGAGGGUGUGGACAUGACUGAAACACUUGGUUUAACCAUUCAUUUGCCCUUCUUGGAUGAUUUCGUUCCUUUGGCCCCUUUGGACGUGUGCUGUGUCCGAAACGAGCUCAAAGGAAGAAACUUCUCCGUCCACCUGGUGUGA